AUGAUGAUCAGCUUCACUCAGCGAAUAAUACCACUCGCAUUCAUUAUUCUUGUGGCUGUGGGAUUUGCUGCUGUCAUUUUCACUGGUAACCAUGAGAGCAGGAUGGUUGUUGUAAAAACCAGGUCUUCAGUGCCUUCUCUCGAUAUUUUCAACGAUUUGCUUCUCAGAAUUACCUAUCCUAUAAUCACCAAGACCUUUCCUCCCUUAUCCAUAGCUUGCUUUUCCGAAGACGCCAUCAUUUGCAAGGCUUUACAAAGCACUGGGAGAUGGGAAGUGUUUGAUCCUCAAGAAUACUUUCUUGCAAACUUGUUUACUUUCCAAAAACAACGAUACUUUAUGGAUUUUGGCUCGAAUAUAGGAUUAUUUGCUCUAAUGUUGGCAUCCAAAGGAAAUUGGAAAGGGAUUGCUGUGGAGCCUCUCUUUUCUUCUGUGGUUCAGUUCAACGUUUUAGCCAACAAACAAGAGGAACGAAUUCGGAUUGAAAAAGUGGCAUUGUCUGCAGAUGGAAUCGGUGCUAUCAAGAUGGUCUAUGGAGGUAGUAAUCCAGGUGGUUCCAAUGCACUUCCCGAUUCAGACAGCAGAGCAAGAAAUGUUCAAGUGCCUAAAACCACCAUCGAUAUGAUUGUAGAAAAGUAUGAACAAGAAGGAUUCAUUCCAAAAGGAGUAGAAUUUGACUAUGUCAAAAUGGAUAUUGAGGGUUUUGAAAUGAAAGCAUUGCAUGGUGCCACAAAAUUAUUGGCUCAACGAAGAGUUAAACUGUGGCAAAUUGAGCUCUCUGUCAACAUUAAUAGAGCAGGUGACGAUCCAAAAGAACUUGUUCGACUCUUGACCUCGCACGGCUACACCAUGUAUUGGGGUUCCGACAAAACACGACCUAUCACUCCAGAAACACUUGAAAUUAGCGGCUGGCAUGAUGCUUUUGCCUUUAGAAAUGACUUGCUUUCAUUGCAACAUUUUUGA